AGUACUCAUUCAUCACAGUGCUGUUUCUUCGGUGUGUUGUUUACAUUCUUUUUUUUUUCUAAGUAAUUUGGACCAAAUGACGCCUUCUUUUCUUCGUAUGAUGUGCAGGCUCCUCUCCUGGAGCGUCUACGUGCUCUUCCUCGCCGUCGUCUCUCUCUUCAGCACCGGCGCCUACCACUGGGCCGUGAAGACCUACCGCACCCCUUCUCAAACAAUCAACCCGGUCAUGUACCCCUCCUUCACGGAGCUCAACGUGUCUGCGUAUGCGCCAGCCAUGCGCGAGCACUACUACCGUCUUUGGCGCACCUACGACUGGAUGGCCGACGGCUACGCGUCCCCGCGCAUCAGUGGUGUCUACACCCGCGUCCCGAUGGUGUACGUGCACGGCAACGGCGGCUCCUACUACUGCGCCCGCUCGCUUGCCCGCUUUGUCUACGAGUCGAAUGCCCGCCUGCGGCAGAACGCGAUGCGCGACUACCGCACCAACGUGAAGCGACGCAUGUUUCACGAUUACAAGGACAGCGGACUGCUGGAUGACUUGACGGAAGGGACACCGAUCCCGUUGAUGGUGCAGCACCGCAUUGAGGCAGAGCUGGUCCGCGACGAGUUGCCGAUGCUGGGGGUGGAGCUCUUCUCGGUGGACUACCUCGAGGAGUCAUCCACGCAGACGGCGACCAUCGUACUGAAGGAGGCACGUUAUUUAAAUCAUUCCGUCAACCUCAUCGUGGCGGGCUUCUUGAAAACGUAUGCCGAGGUGCUGACCGCGUCACCGGCCCUCACCUUCGAUCAAGAGCGCCUCAGCGACGAUCAUCCGCUGCGGCACAGCGCGACGGACGCCACCGUCGGUGUCUCGGCGGCAGCGGGGAAGGUGCUGAGGCAGGUGGAGAAGGAGUACACGAUGAGUGUGUGCUCCCACGCCUCGUUGCCCGCAGACGAGAAGCAGUGCGCGCAGGCGAGAUACCUGACGAAACGCUUCUCCACCCUGGAGCGGGUCCGCGCCGAGGUGCAGCGGGUGCGGGAUCAUGGGGUUUGGGUCUGGGCGGAGUCGCUCGGCGGCGUGACGGCGUUACUGGCGACGAUCAUGGCACCGCAGCUGUAUGCGGGGAUUGUCCUGGUGGGCACCCCCACCCACUACCCGCCCCUGUUCUUCGACCACGCCAGCGUGGGGCUGUACGAGGCACUGGAUGGGGCCGUGCUAAACCGCUACCCCUCCGAACUCGCCUCGCGUCCGAGCGACGGCGAGGAGGACGAGCGUCGCGACGACAGCGCUGUGGACUGGGCAAGCGUAGUGGCCGAUGAGAAGACGCCACAUCGCGUUCUGCGCGACCUUCGCGCGGUGCCUCGACCGGCGUUGCGCCGCCGCCUUCGUAACCUCACCCUGCUCGCCAUCAACGGCGGUACUCUCGACGACGUCGUCCCCUCCAUCUCCGGUUACCUGCAGCGGUCCACGCCGCGGCCCAUCGGCACCGCCGUCAACCGCAGCGCGCUCGUGCAGGACGGCGCGUGCCGUCGCGAUGUCUCAACGGAGACGCUGCGCGGCUGCGGGGCCGCGAUGGACCACCGCGGUUUGGUCUACGGUCUGCAGUUCCUGCAGCACGCGGCGGACUCGCUCGUGCAGGCGGCCUUGUUACCCCACGCCAGCGUCUACAUUGGGCGGGAGGACACGCUGCCGUCCUUCACCCGCGAGCGGCUUUUUCCCACCGUCGUCGAGACACUCAUCGACGACCGCUUUGCCGCGAAGCAGGACGAGAUCCUUUUCCUCCACUCCGUGCGGGACUCCCUCACGGGCAAGUACAUCAAAGAGACGGUGGUCCGCGCGAUGGACGAGCAGCUGAAGGAGCUCUGCGUCGACGGGAAGACGCCGAUCGACCUGAACGACCUACCCGUGUACGACGAGGCAGACGAGGCCAGCGGGUACUACGACGGGUCGAAGGCGUUGAACAUUCUGAUUGGGUCAACAACCCUCUCGCCGGAUCGUGUCCUGGUGCCAAACAUUCAGCUUUUUCACGACCAGGUGCGUGAGACGCCGGUGAUGCCGGACGAGGCGGUGUCGAAGGUUGCCACGCAAUUGCAUCUCCCCACCACCUACAAGGGAACAAGUCUGAUCUCAGGCAAGACGCUCCAGACGGCGUUUAGCUUUGCCGUGUACCGGCGCUCCAAGAAGCGCCGGCAGCCCACUCUCCUCUGGCCACGGUUCUGCAUGUUGAUGAGCCGCGAGCAGGGCCUCGGUACAGCACACGCGCAUCUUCAAUACGAUAAGAUUGACAUCGCUGGCAUGGUCGACGCACGGGAUGAAAGGUACUUUGGCCCCCACUACGUAGGCAGUCGUGUCCGGGUGCGUACGGAACCGGGGUUUGCUCUCGUGCGUGGCAUAGACAGCGCCGUGCUGGAGCCGCACUUGCAGGUAAAUACCCCAGCCAAAUCGAACGUCUUUCCGCUUGUGAUGUGUGGCUCGCUGCACUCUUUCUACCUCGCCCUGCGUGGACAACACUUCCUCGCCGCUGAUGAGCCGGAGCACCAGCUGCAGUACUUCUACGGCCCGUUUGUGGAGAGCCAGACCAACUUCACCUACGCCUGGAAGCCCUUCAGCACCUACCCACCGUUACUGAACGAGACCUACCUCGUUUACGUCCUUGGCGACUCGAAGAAAGCGUCGCGGCCAGACGUUUUGCUGCCCACCUACAGCAUGCUGGAGGAGGCCUCGAUCUUUUCCCCUGCGUACUGGCGCUGGCUUAUGGAGUUGUGGCCGCAGCGUUGGCUGGCGUCUUUCUCCAUGUACACCGGCAUCGCCCGUCUCGGCGGCUCCUACAUCGUUGUCUUCUUUGCGCUCUUCUUCGCCAUGGGUGCGCUGGAUGACAAGCUCUGUGCCACGCCCGAGAUGCGCGCGCGGAUGUGGCGGGGGUCGCCAUUUCGCCGCAUCCGUUGGCUGCGUCCGAUGACCGGCAUCGUGGUGGGGGGGCUGGUGCUGGAGCUGGCGACGGGCACCUGGGCGUCCUUGGCGCUGCGGGAGUGUCUCUCAACGGACCCGCCGCCGUACAUCUCUGACGCGGCCAUGAUACAGCGCAUGUCGGUGAUGGAGAAGAUCACGCUGGUCGUGCUGUACGGCAUGUGGCCCGACUACCGCACCUGCCGCUUUUCCUGGGUGUCGAUGCAGGGCGUGCCGGAGUGGGCGACCAUAACGGCGCAGCUCGGCACCAUGUACCUCGGCUUCAUCUUCGCCGGUGCGUUUCUCGUCGUGGGCUUUACCCUCAUGGCGGGCGUUGGCGUGGCCACCUAUCCGAUACGCAAGCUGGUGCUCAUGCCGCUCUGCCGCCGCGCACCACUCCUCCUCGCUGUGGUGUUUGCCGCCUUUUGGGUGAUGCCGACUACGUUGCUGGUCGUCUUUCCUGCUUUCCCGCUGUGCUUCGUGGACCUUGUCGGCAUGGCCCUGGUGAACGCGGUGAGUUGGAUGCUACCGCGAUGGACGCGGCCGGGCUACAACUACCGGCUCGUGUGUUUCUUUUUCUGUGAGGCGUGCAUCUUUCCCUCGCACUUCAAUGGGCUUGUCUUGACAAUCCGCAACACGGUCAUGCUGAGACACGCACCGGCCGCCAUCUUCGAUGCGGAGCGCUACGCCCCGAGUCGGCCGCAGCUCAUUAUCUUCGGGAUUGUGCAGGCGUGCCAGGCCUUGGCCUACGUCGCCAUCUUCUGUGUUCUGCGCCACGAAGAGACGCUGCGUCACGCGAGUAGGACGAAGGAGGGGAACGGCGAAACGAGUGGAGGGGAAAAGGCCAGCGCUGAUGCCGACCUCUCUGUGGUUAGUGCGAUGGGGACGGGUAAAGCGAACAAGGAAGGGGGCGGAUAUGUGCUGGGAGACAUUGGCCGCCGCUACCCGCUGCUACGUCGUCUGCUGCGUCUUCUCAACUUGCUAUCCAUUAUGGCCACGCUAUGGGCUGCGGUGAUCGCACUGCGACGGCCCAUCGAAGGCGGCUCCUCCUUGCUGGGUAACAUGACGCUACUGGUGUACCUCUCCACGUUAGUGCUCCAAGAGGUUUAG